AUGAUUCAUUUUAGUUUCGCAGGCACGGCUGUCAUCGGAACGGGUGUUCGUUCGUCGCCCUUCAACACUUUAUUACAAUCGCUGCAAAGAUAUUGCGCAUUUCUAUGUGAUUGGCCUGGGUAUCCUUCCAUUUCUAGCACUCAUGGGAUUUAUUCACAUCGUCCUUGUGAAUUACAAGAUUUGCCAACUGAAGGACCACCGGUACGAUAUUGGCAAUUUGAACGUACACCA